GAGGAAAGUAUGACGAAAACCGCGUUGAUGACAUACAAAGCAGCCUUUGUUUGAGUGAGUAAUCCCUGACAUGAAUUGGUCAUUUUGUGUACGAGGAGCGAUGUGUUUGCAUGUGCUCAGACAAACUUCAUGUUAUAACGAUUUCUGCUCUGAAAUGAAGUUCUCGCCACCUCGCUUUGCACUUUGUUUUACUUUUAUGAUACCUUCCGUAUUUUUUUUUUAGCCGCCGGUGGUUUUCAUAUAGCGACUGUCACAUUCACACAGCUCAGCCUAGCUGCGCCAGCGCCAGUGCAAUGCCAGUUGCCAUUUGAAGUUGACUUCUUCAAGUUCUUGUGAAGAAGUUGUGGAGUGACUGUUGGAAUUUUGUUGGAAUACAAUACCGAACUUCGAAUAAUUGAGGAAGUUAUUGGUCUGUUUGGUCCAAACUUUGGAUGUGACAGUCACUGAUCGUGUGGCAGUUUUCAACUUGAGACUGAGGGGAAUUUAAAUUAGGCUCGAUAAAAAUAUAUUCCCAGAUUGCUUUUCAUUAAAUAAAUUGCAGGAUUGUUUUAUAGAAUAAUGCCAAAUUUUGCAAAGUUGGGCAGCGGGAUCAAGUCGAAGGGCAAGGUGAAAAUCCUGUCUCUACGACUAAAGAUGGGUGGAACAGUAAGCAAGUCAAUAAACGGUGAUAAACCGGACGAAGAUGACCAGUACCACACUCCAAUUGCUAACCGACGAGUCAAAACACUGAUUGAUCCUCGAUCUCCGUCCGAAGAAGUCCAGCGUACUCCCAUGCAGAGGACGGUCAAUGAUGACUCCGAGUUUCAUGAUCCGCGUUCACCAACGGUUGCUAGGACUCCUGUUCCCGAUGAUUCUGACCCAAGGUCGCCCUCUGCAGGGAGAGAACCAGGGCCUUUUGUCUUUCCAGUCGCUUCCACAGAUCCGAGAUCUCCGACGAGAACAGUUGCUAGGACACCAAUUGCCAAAGAUGCUCCUCUAGGAUCAAGCAUGGAAACAGUCACUGUCCAUCAAGCCGAUACCAAGGAAGAACCUUGUGAAAAUACCACCAGCAAUAAUAACCAAGACAAUGAUACAAUCACAAAAUCCUCUUCUGAUCUAGAAGACCCGGAACCUGGGGUUUUCCAGAUUGAUUCUGAAAAGGAUCACCUAGUGGUCGAUGAUGAUGAUGAUGAUGGUCCUAGCUCGGAGGAACAGGAGACACUAAAAACUGAACUUGUGAAGUCAGACACCCCUGAAUAUGAAAUGGAACUGUCUAAUAUGAUGGAAAAGCAGACAUUGGCCAAUGAGGAGACUGAAGAACAGGACCAAGCCACUUUGGUUCUCUCCGACAGGGAGUUGAUCUUCCUAGCCGAGUCACCGCUAUCAUCUUCCAAAGUCAAGAAACACAGCAUCCGUCGUUCCCUCAAGGACAAGUUCAUCUCCACCAGCAGCCAGCGAUCGCCCCUCUCUACCAGGAAUCUUCUUGAAGACUCCCCCAACCCAGCCCAUCGGCCAGCCCUCCGCCAACAGGGGGGCUCAACCCAUAAAGUGGGUGUGGCAUACCAGAAAGCAGGAACGAGGCGGAGGCUGACCGAGGGGAAUCAGUACGCUGUCCAGAGUGUGGGCAGCAGGUACCAGCCAGUUCCUGAUAAAGAGAACAUUUGAGAGACUUUACUUUUGUGCACUCCACUUUUAUCAUCUUCGUUCAGAAUCAGGUCAGUGUUUAAAGAGGAAUCCAAACUGGUUUAUAAUCAGUACACCUUAAGUUUGGAAAACCUAGUGGAAUUGUCAUUAAUUCAUGUCAGCAGAUUGUAUGCUACACUGUACAUGUUCCUAUUAUCCAUAACACUUGGUUGGAUGUCUUAUCAUUUACCAGCAAUUGAGCCGAGCAUCUACAUGGAGUUUUUCUCUUUUUUUUUUUCAAAGAUGCACAUUUGACAUUCGAUGAUGUCUUAGCCACCAAGUACAUGUAUGAGUUGUACAGCCAUAUGCGUAGUUGAUUAAUUUUCCAUUUUACUGAGUGCCUGCAAAUUCAUGUUUCUACAAAGUUUUAAUCCUGGAAGUUUCUUUGUGAUGUUGUACUUUGACUUCCCGAUCUCAAAUAUAAAGAAGCUACAUGUAUUGUUAAUAUGUAAAGCCUGUUUGUGCUUUGAAUUAUCCUCAACACUUACACACACAGUAGUUAUCUCUUUUGUCAUUUUCUUUAGUUUGUCAUCAAUGAAGAAUUUUAAGUACAGACACAUACAAUACAUGUGGUUAAAUUUAGGUACUUAGUUUCCUUUUUGAAUAAUGAGAGAUAUUAGCCGAUCACCCAAGUCAGUCAUCUAAAUUUUUGCACUAUUUUAUAGCAUUCUUUUGAAAAACCUCAAAUAUGAGGGAUAAAUAUAGAUGUGUUUUUUCUCAAUGUAUCAUACUGUACACACACCAUGAAUCACAGGAGUAGCAUUUAAAUGUGGUUAUAGAAUCUAUUUAUCUUGCACUAGUCAUGAGUGCACAGAGGCGGAAUAUAAUUGAAGGUUUUCAAAGUGACUCACUUGAACCCAGACAAUAAUGGUACAUUUCAUUCCGUGUCUUUUUAUGGAAAAAAAUAUGGAUUCCAUGUUGUUUCUUACAGUCUCCAUAUAAUUUAUCUGUAUGAUGCAUGUACAUGUAUGUAUCAAAUGUAUGUGUUUCUAAAAAUAAAAUCUAAAGUUUCUUUGAAAAUUAUAGGCUGUUGACUUGAUCAAUAAACUGAUUUUUCCAUCAGUCUUCAUGUUGUUAUUGUACACCCUUUUCACAGCUGCAUUUACAAUGUACUAUUAUUAGAUAUAUAACAAAUAUUUUAUUAUACCUCUAAUUUAGUGUGACAAAUUGACUUGUUAUAAAGUAUUUUGCUACUUUAUGUAUAAUGUAGAGUAGACUAGUACUGUAUGUAGCUGUGCACACAGGACUUAUAUCCUUUACAUACCGUCAUAAAAUUGACCUGUCAUAAAACAUGCUUGAGGCAAAACAAAAUUAAUUCCUAGUCCUACUGUAGUGUUGUACAGAGUAGUUUUUCAUUUCCUUGACUUCCUUUCUUCUCUUCCAUUCUCAAUUUCAUAUACCAUUGUUUUGCAGUUUUUGCUUUGAACAUAUGCCUUUCAAACAAAAUAUCUAUAAGGAGGUGAUCUACAUUUCAAACAAAGGCGAAUUAUACCCUGUUCGCAUUAUGCUUUCUUAAACUAUACUGGAAAGCUGUUCAGGAAACCAGUUUGGAAGAUCGCUUUGCUAGCUUUCCCAUUUGAUUACGCGAAAGUGGUUUUCAAAAUCACUUUGAAAAGCGAUCUUGCUGCUAUGGGAAUGCUCUCAGUGGGGUGACACGUUUCGCCUGAAAUUCGAAACCGCAUCAUACUUAUUCUACACACAGUGUGUAGAGUAGCACGCUCAAAAUGUGCGAAGAUCGCUUCCCGAAGAACGUUUGUGUCCUCACGCUAAAACCAGUUUAACGAGGCAAAGCGAUCUUGAAAACUAUAUUGCCAGGUGGUUUCAUGAGCCGGUUUGGAAGAUUGCUUUGACCGUUCUCAUUACACUUUAAACUAGUGUCCACUAUAUCUAAACUACAUGUAGUUUCCAGUAUUAAAACUAGUUUUAGGAAGGUAUUGAGAACGGUGUCUUAUUCAGGAAAUGAAGAUAUGGUGGAAGGUAGUUGUUAUUGUUGUGGGGGAAGUGUGCACUGUGACAAACUUGUGUCUUGUGUAGUCUGCAUUAGUCUGCAGGCACAGACCUUUGACUUUCGCAUUGUGCAUAAUGCAGAGUCUGAAGUAAUGAGACUACAUGUAGGUUCUCUCAUGUACUGUACUCAGGCUGACUUCAACAGAGAGUUUGGAGUCUAGUCUUUAGUCUAGGCAUGGUAUAUUAAUGUGCUAAAGUGUCAAAUUUGAGUCUGUGCUUGCAGACUUCUUGUCUUGUGCACUAAAUUGCUACAUGUACAGCAUGCUCUAAUUAUUAAAGAGAAGAAGCUUUUAUACAUGUAGUUCCUACAUGUAGACUUCCGUGUACUGUACAAGAAACUUCUCUUUUUUGUAAGUUUUCUGAAAAUGCAAUAUGUUGAAAUUCCAAGUUUAUCAUGCCAUGCUGCUUCCUCUCUCUGUCUCAAAGUCAACCCACUCAUUUUGAUAUCGAUAUCAUUUUUAAUUUUUAUACAUGUCUUGUAUUGAGUUCUAGAAAAUACUCAGGAAAAUCUGGUCAGAGGAAAUGACUUUCAAAUGGACAAACUUUAUGUACAUGUAGAGACAGGGUGACUUGGUGUCUUUUUUGGGGGGGGGAGGGGUGUUCAAUUCAAGAAUGAAUGGUUGCCAUGCUGAAUGUGGCAUUUUGGUCAUUUUUUUUUUGUUUCAUGAUUUUUAGAAGUACAGUAUUAAAAGUUCUGAUAUUUGUAUAAAAAAAAUAAAAAUGUUACUUUUCUUUAAAAAAAUGAUAAUUGAAAUACAGUAGAUUCAAUACAGUAAAGAGAUUGAGAUUCCAACUCUCAAAUAUAUACAAAGUACCUUCUCUAGAUAGUUGUAGCCUACCUACUGAAUUAUAAAAGAGAUUUCUGCUCUAAUGAACUGCUGAUAACAAGAUCCCAAGGUCCUUGUUAUACACAGUUGAUAACAUGGUACUUAAAAAAUAGAAAAUUGAUUGAAUAGGAUUUAUUCAUGCCUUUUGUUAUUCUGUACUGCACAUCAUCUGGAUUCUAGAAAGUGCUCCAUGCUUCCAUUCCAUUAGCAGUUACCCUUCAUUUAUCCACAUGUACGUCAUAAGUGAAGCUGCAGCAUUUUAACGACUUUGUUUAUCCCUUUGUUGAUGACUUCUUUUUUAUCAGGAUGGGUCCUGAUUGCUUUAUCAUGCACAUAUGUAUACAUGUACAUGUAAAAUGUUGUUUUACUUUAAUAUUUGUUGGUUAUUUGUAGUCAUUAAGAGUCAUGGAUUUAUGUUAAAGGUCAAGUUCACCCCUGAAAAUUGUUGAUUUGAAUUUAAGGAGAAAAACAAGCAUAAAAACGCUGAAAAUUUCAUUGAAAUCGGAUGUAAAAUAAGAAAUUCAUGACAUUUUAAAGUUGCGCUUUUUUUUCAAAAACAGUUUUAUGUACAACUAGUGAUAUGCAAAUGAGAGAGUCGAUGAUAUAUCCCUCACUCACAAUUUCUUUUGUUUUUUUAUUGUUUGAAUUAGACAGUAUUUCAGUUUUUACAAAUUUGGCAAAAAUGACCAUCUUAAAGUGUUUAAACAAUGGUAAUUACACAUGUUCAGUUCAAUUACCAUGGUAACAGUGCUUCUCAGCCAAUCAAAAUCAAGGAAAAGUUAUCAGAUUUGACAACUUGUUGGACAACAAUGUUGAUGAAAUAAGACUCCCAAGUGUACAGUAUUUUGAAUAUCCCUUUAAUUAGCAAAUUAUUGUGUGAUUCCCUUGACUGUAAUCUGUUUUUAUUGUAAUUUGUCUCAUUUGUAAUAACUACCAAGGCCAGCUGAGCUGAUGUUUUUCCUUGCCUUGUUUGUACACAUGUCUGAUGCUUGAUGCUGCAUUUAUGCUUUGAAGUUGAGAGUAUGUACAAAUGGAUUACAACAUGACACUGGCUGCACAUUCAAAGUAUUUUGAUAUCGCACUGCACUUUGCUUUAGUGUACAUACAGUGGAACUGUGGUGAACUGUGAUGUUACUGAUUGAAAAAAUUGGUAUAACACCAAGACCGUGUCAACACCAAACUUGAUAUCACCUGCUGCAUAACUUGGGGGCUCUUUCACAAAACAGUCACAAGUUUGCAUUUUUUUUUCACCUUAUGACCACCCUGUAAAAACACCUGAGGUCUCAGGUUGUCAAUUAGGAAGUAUACUUUUCUUUCUAUUCUCUAUCCAUGUUCUUUGCUUUAUGUGCUGCUUGAAGCUUUGAAUAAAACUCUAGAUGUAAGUGACAAUGAACUGCAAUCGCAUACCACAAAUUUCCGAUGGGUGCUAAAUGUCAAAGCAAACAUAUGUAUGCUCCCCUCUAACUGCUCACUUGCUCAAUAACUCUUGUGUGGUUUGUUUUUUGUUUGUCAUUUUCAUUCACAUGUUAUGUAGGCUCCAUUUCUUGUUCAGUAUGUGAUUCAUGAUUGAAAUAUAUGUCUAACGUGCUUGCUGAUCGCAUUUGAUGUCUCGGUAUGAUGUCACUUCUCUUUCUUUUUUUUCUUUUUUCAAAUUACGACUCCACCCUUUUCCCCUUGUAUAUGAAGCAAUUUUUGUGUACUAUGUUUUAUCUUUGUAUAUAUUGUACCAGUAUUAGCGUUUAUUUGGGUGAAAACUGAAAGUCCUGCUUGAAAGUAAGGAAAGCAUGUUACAUUUUGCAACUGAGAAACUUGAAAGUGUAUUUUUAUCUGGGUUUGUUUUUUAGUUUGUUCUCUUUUCCCUGAGAACUUUAUUUGACAACACAUGAUACGAUUACCGAAAGAGGCAUGGGAAGUUUAUGACACAUUUUCCAAAUUUGGAAUUAGUGUAUGUGGGGUAAGAAAGAUAUAAUAUUCCUCAUAAAUCAUAACCCACCUUGUCAUAAACAAUAGUUUCGAUAAGUAUAAUCAUGGAGAUAAUCUGUUUGUACAUGUAUCUCCAUUAUAAUUGUGUUUGUGAUUGGGAGGCAUCAAAAGUGCAUCGCAGAAAAUCAGAAAUGCAUUUUUUUUCCUUUCCAGUUUCCUGUACUCUACUAUGUAAUUAGUGUUGUGUGAGAUAAGAAGGAUGAAACAUGUUUCCCAAUCUAACUUUGUCGUAAACAAGAUCUUUGAUAAUAUUACAUGUACCUGUGUGUGCUUGUUAUUACAUGUACAAGGCUGUAUGGGCGUGUCAGGCCACAGAUGUUCCUCUCCUUCAUCUAUGUCAAGAUCCUUAAUUUGGCAGAGGAUGUUGAUGAUCUAGAUUUUUUCAACCAUUCACAAUAUGUUUUGUCAAUACGAAGUGUUGUAAUAUAUGAAUUUCAUCAAGUUUGUUGUUGUUAUUUUUUUAACUAAGUGUUCAUAAUACCCUGUAUGAUCCAAAAUGAUUUAAAAUCCUUUAUUUUUAAGGGGGUGUCUGUUUCCGUCCUAUUUCCUUACAGGUAAAACUUUGUAUGACUUUGUUUUGAUGUCUCCAUUUUGAUUUCAUGACAUUUGCUCCGGCGACAAUUGCUCUGAUGGAAAAUCUGCAUGUUAAAGCCAAACAUAAAACCUAACCUCAAAAACUAAAUCAACCCUAAUCCUUAUCUUUACAUUAUUCUGUUCCAAAAACUCUAUUGCAUUAACCCUAUGUCCUCUGAGAUAUUAACACCGGAGUAAAUAUCGCAGGAGCAUAUGUCGUGUCACAUCCAUUUUGUGUAUAGAAAAAUUGUCCAUAAAGAAAGGUAGAUAUUAAAGAAGAUAUGAUACGGAAAGGAAAUGUACAUAAAUGUAACUUGAUUUUACCAGUACAUACUUGUAUGAUCCCAUAAUAAUUUCCUUGGAUAUCUCUGAAUUGAUAAAAAGGCAACAAUUUUUACAAAGAUUCUGCUGAUAGUGACACCACAUAAUAGCUAUCAAUCAACCGAAAUAAGGUGUUACACCAGUAUUUAAAAGUAGCUUUCAACAGCUAUUUAGAUUUUGGCAUUAUAACAAGUUUUCUGAAAUGGUACAUGUAUGUUGAUUGUUAACUCGACUUGUACGUCCAGCGUCAUCUGUAAAUGAACAUUGUGCCUUGAUAAUGUUAUAUCCGAUUGUACAGUUAUAUAAAUCAAUAAUAAAAUUUUUUAUAUAAUGUAUAUGGUCAUGGUGAUAUUAUGUUUGUAGAUUGAGUUUGUAUAGUACAUACCAAAUAUGUUUAUUUGGCACAAAUCAUUAAAACAAUAAAUAUGAUAUUCCA